AGGCUGUGCUGGAGUGGUGGAUGGUAACGGCUCCGUCCUGCUCCUGAUGCAGCGUAGAGACGAACCGCGUCGCCAUUUUUGUGGUUCCCCCAGAAGCCCAUCCCCCUGGUGGAUGUUCGCCGGGAAACAGUGCCGCUUUCGUUCAGUUCAGUGGGAAGCGCGGCGGAGGAAGAUGGCCUCACCAAGGACAGUUACCAUUGUGGCUCUCUCUUUUGCUCUGGGUUUAUUUUUCGUGUUUAUGGGGACCAUUAAGCUCACUCCAAGGCUAAGCAAAGACGCAUACAGUGAAAUGAAAAGGGCAUACAAGAGCUAUGCUAAGGCAUUGCCAGGCCUGAAAAAAAUCGGGAUCAGCUCAGUCCUGCUCCGUAAGAUCAUUGGCUCUCUGGAGGUGGGCUGCGGUGUGGUCCUCACCCUCGUGCCGGGCAGGCCGAAGGACGUGGCCAACUUCUUGCUGCUGCUGGUCAUGCUGGCUGUCCUGUUCUUUCACCAGCUAGUUGGAGACCCCCUGAAACGGUAUGCCCACGCUUUAGUCUUUGGUAUUCUGCUCACCUGCCGACUGCUUAUUGCCCGCCAGAGUGACGACCGGCCGGAGAGAGAGGACAGCAGAGAGGAACAGCACAUUAAUGAUCAGGAAAAGAACAAGGUCAAGCAGUCUUAAGAUCUUCUUCUACUUCAGUCCAAGCCACAGCAAAGGGAACCCGGUGCGCCUCUAUGGAUUGCAGUAGUUAGAAUUUUGAAGGGAAACAGUCACUCCUAGUAAUAAUAAUACCCCUCACAUACAUCCUCUGUCCAUUCUGGCUGGCUGACUGACUACUCUCACCUACUCCUCUGCACUCUUACUGUGAAACUGAGAACUCCUGGUCCAUACAUCCUCUACAUAACCGUGGACAAUCGUACCUGUGGAUACUCCGAUGAGCUCGGCUCGCUGUCACACUAGUCAAUUCAGUUCCCCUAUUUAUUUUAAACCUACACUGUGUUAAAUGUGUUUGUGUUUUUAUUCUACUGUGACUUACCAUUUAUGCUCCAAGUUGAUUUGAGAAUGCUGUUUUUCAUGAAAGAAUCUUUGUAGCUUGUUUUUCUAAUUUGUUUUUAUACUGUAGGUAGGAGAGGCUGAUAAUUAAUGAAUUUCAAGCAUGUCUGGUUUGGUCAAGAUUAUGGAAGAUAAACCAAAUGAGCACUGUUGAAAGAAUUUUGUACUAAUUAUACGUCAACUAGUAUUACAUAUCCACAUCUUGUUUUGGUGCAGUGUUACCAGAAGGCUCUGUUGGAAGGAAAAAACAUGUUCAUUUCUCAUUUCAGUAAUUUUUUGCAGAAGUACGCAUGACGUCCUUUUAUCCUAAAGUAAAAUAAGCUAAAUAUCCUCUUUCUCCUUCCAGUUAUCACAGUGAAUUUGUUGGGUGUCUGCUGCCUCCUUUAAAAGCAGAUGAUAACCAAAUCCAAACGGUCUUUUUUUUUUCCUGUUUUGAAUUAGAAUUUUACCAUUUGUAAUACACAGGUGAAGUCUUAAAUUCUGCUCAUUGCCUUGGUUUUACUUUAUUCCCUCUGAAGGUAUGAAAAGCAUUCCUAUUGCAGCUAAAAAUGAACUCAAUUUUAAGAUUCAAAAUAUUUCUGUAAAUGAUGUACUUAAAAUAAAGAACUGGAGGUGA